AUGGUCUUUAAGAGCUUUCACCUCGCGCGCCAGAGUCUUGCCAAGGGCUUUACUCACGGUUAUGCUCAAUCAGUAGUUGCUGGUGUCAGCCAGAACAACCCCCUCGCAUCCCUCCAACACGACCGGUUCCGAAAAGGCCUCAAGAACCAACAUGCCUUUGCCUCGACGUCUACGACGAGUGCCCUCAAGGCGCUCGCCGCGGGACAACACGACCACCAAGACUCCGGUCUAGCCGCGUACUAUACCGCAUGGCAGAAGCAUCAGCAGCAGCGGACCGAGGACAAGGAGUGGUCGCAGUUUCAGUUCCGCAAACUCAUCGAAUGGGACCCGGCCAGCUCAAAGAGCGCGGCUGAAGCGAAGGAGAGCAGUGUCGCGAUUGAAGAGACGGCCGAGCCGGUCCCGGCGCGUGCCGUUGUCAACCGCGCAUACAGUACUAGCCAGGUGGAGGAUUUCAAGAAGGCCGUCGGGGGUGAAGAGGCGGAAAAGAUCGCUUUGGCACAGGUAGACGAGGCAAUCGCACAAGAGGUGGCAAAGCACAAGGCUGAUGGCGAACCUGUUCAAGCUGCUGAGGAAGAACUUUCUGCGAUUGAAGAGGCCAGGUCAGAGUCGCCCGCUACCGUUGCGGACACUCUUGUGAAUUCAUCGAUAUUGAGCCGCACCGAGUCAACGAUAGCUACAAGUCCGAUCGAAGCGCAUGAUGAGUACACAGUGCAACUUCAGAAACUCGCAAUCAACCGCAACUAUGCAGAAGUACCGGCCGUUUUCGAGGAAAUGCUUCGUUCUGAUGUCAAGCCAUCGGUUGCUGCAUACAACGCUCUCCUAUCCGCGGCGAUACACCUACCCCGGGCUCAGCACCAAGUCGUUCCCAAGGCUCUAGAUGUCUACUCAGAUAUGCUCCGUCGACGAGUCGUUCCUGACACGGCCACAUACACCACCCUACUUGAGCUCCUCUCUGUUCGAUCACUGGAAGUUGUAUCCUUGAAGCAGAGUUUUGAGGACAGGCGACUGCGGUAUGGCGGAAUGGAAGAGGAGGGUAGAUUCAUGCUCCAGUCUCACGAGACUGACUACGCUAUCUUGGCCGAGGAUGGAUCACUAUCAGUAGCUGUUAAGUUAUUCGAUGCUGCUGUCAGUGUCGAAUAUGGCCGCACAUUCUCUGAGAAGACCUACCGACUACUUGUCACUGCAUGCGCAGAGAGCGACCGCGUAGAGGACAUGGUGCGAAUUUACUCGCACAUGGAAUCUCGCAGUGUGACUCCGGCUGCUGAGAUGUUCGUUCCGAUGAUCCAUGCUUUCGGCAAGUCCGGUGACCUCAAGAGUGCGGUUGAGUGCUACGAUGAGUACAAGGCUCUUGCCAUCUCAAACGACAACGGUGAGGUGGACAUUGCACGCAAAGACAACGAUGUAUACGCGGCCCUCGUCAAGGCGUAUGCAGUGUGCAACCGCAUCGAAGGAGCCCAGAAAUUCGUAUCAAAGAUUGAGAGCGCUCUCGCUACACCAGAGGACGUCACCUCGGUUCGUGAUAUCGUAGGUCUCAAGGCUUUCCUCCCCGAGUGGUUGAAGAAUGGCGCCUUUGAUGAAGCCUAUCUACACGCUACCGAGUACCUCAGCCCUCAAGCACGCCAGAUCGCCAUGGCCGCCAUCUGUAUCAAGGCGGCUGACCGGGACGCGGUCGAUGUCGCCACUCAAGCUUUUGACGACCUCCCGGCUGAGGUUGACCUGUCUAGGCCAGCUAUGGCGAUGGGCGCUAUGCACAUCCGCACUGGAAACAUUGAAGCUGCCGAGGUCUUUUGGAGGAUGCUCGAACUCUCGCCGACGAAGCCUGACUUCAUCGAACCUACCGCCAUGCAUACUAUUGCACUGAUUGGCAGCGGGCAUGCGGAGCGCGGGCUUCGUCAGGGUCGUCAAAUGUUUGCUCGCAUACGGGACUCUCAGUCUGGCUCUACUCAAGCCAAGAUGGAGAUCGUAGAGCACAUUGACGAAGCUAUCGAGGUUAUGGGUCAGUUUAUGAUGAAGCGUGGCAUCUUCCUUCCGCCGCGGGCCAGCAUGGAACUGAUGUGGACGAUGAUUGAAAACGGCGGCCUAGUCACCCCAGUUGCUCACCACCUACUUGCUGGAAUGGGACCUGAGGCCAUUGUUCAACUCAAUUUCGACGACAUCACGCUUCUGAUGCAGGUUCAAUCUGGAAUUCUACUCCAGGAGGCCGAAUUUGACGUUGCCCACGUUGCACGUUUCGCUCAUCUUCUCGAAGUCAUCGCCGCAACUGGCACACCAGUCAACAAGACCACUUCAGGGCUCGUUGAACAGGCUCUUGCCAAGCUCGACAGGGGGGAUCUUCAGCACCGGUGGUAUGCCUACAAGCAUCCCGCUUCAGAGGCUUUGUACUCUCCAGCACCGUUUGCUUCCUACCCUGUCCAAGCACCAACUACACCAGCAGCUCCUACCUUUGAGGACCAAUACGACCCUUAUGCUGCGUCGACGGACAACAAGGGCUCUGUUGCGAUCACUGAGCUGCUUGAGAAGACGCACGGCCGAUCAUCGUCUCACCUCAACGAGGCUCUGAUGAAGUUUAGGAACAUGCGCCGGGCUGGCCACCAUCCUCGAUUCUUUACCUACGCUAAGCUGAUCACCGCCGCUGCAAAGGAAGACCGCCUGACUUUGGCUCACGACAUCCUCAACCUCGCCAAGCAAGAUGUUCCUCUCUUGCCCCAGUACCGCAUUGUACGAUAUGGCUGGGUCACCAUCUUGGACGCCAUGGUCGCCGCUUGCCUUACCUGCAACCAGCGUGACCUCGCUGGAAGGUACCACCAGGAUUUGCUUGAGAUGGGCGCCGCUCCUACUGCCAACACCUUCGGUCUCUACAUUACCACCCUCAAGGAGUCUACCAAGACCUUUGAUGAGGCUACAGAAGCUGUCAAGAUCUUCCUUCGUGCCAAGUCUGAAGGUGUCGAGCCUUCCUCUUUCCUCUACAACGCUCUGAUUGGCAAGCUUGGUAAGGCCCGUCGCAUCGAUGACUGUCUGUUCUACUUCUCCGAAAUGCGCAACCUUGGUAUCCGCCCUACAUCUGUAACAUACGGUACCAUUGUCAACGCUCUGUGCCGUGUCAGUGACGAGAAGUUUGCCGAAGAACUGUUUGAGGAGAUGGAGAGCAUGCCCAACUAUAAGCCUCGCCCUGCUCCCUACCACAGCAUGAUGCAGUUCUUCCUGACCACCAAGCGCGACCGCAGCAAGGUUCUUGGCUACUAUGAGCGCAUGCGUGCCAAGCGUAUCGAACCUACUACCCACACCUACAAGCUUCUGAUUGACACCUACGCCACUCUCGAGCCUGUAGACAUGGAAGCUGCUGAAAAGGUACUUGAGCAAGUUCGCAGCGCCGGUGCCGUGCCUGAAGCUGUCCACUACUCUUCCCUGAUUCACGCCAAGGGUUGCGUCAUGCACGACAUGGAAGGUGCGCGCCGCCUCUUCGACACCGUCCUCGCCGAUAACCAUAUCCGUCCUCAGGCCUGUCUCUACCAAGCACUCUUCGAAGCCAUGGUCGCCAACCACCAGAUCGCCGAUACCGAGGCCGUUCUCAGCGAUAUGCGUGCUCGUGGCGUCGAGAUGACACCUUACAUUGCCAACUCGCUCAUUCAUGGUUGGGCCCUUGCUCACGAUAUUGAAAAGGCAAAGGCUAUCUACGACUCUGUACCGGAGAGCAGGCGCGAGCCUAGCACCUACGAGGCUAUGACGCGCGCCUACAUGGCUGUCGAGGACCGCACUGCAGCUAUGGCUGUCGUCAACGAGGGUCUGUCUCGUGGCUACCCUGCAGCUGUUGCCGGCAAGAUCCUUGAGCUUGUUGGUGGAGGUCGCACCGCUGUACCUGAGGUUGUUGCCUAA